AUCGGAACUACCCCACAAUGAAUGUGUCUAUUUAAACGCGAAAAUAUGGCUACUAGAUCCAAUCGGAUUCACAAGUUCGCAUUUUCCUCAACCUCUGAUUGUCGAUCUCUCACAUCUCUAAUUGAUUGUUUUCUCUUCUCUUUUCUCUUCGCAGGCUUUCUGUCGUGUUCUCCAUCGCCGUGCAAACAUGGAGGAACAUGCAUCAGCAAACCGAACGGAGGGUCCUACUGCAACUGUACGACGCGGCACACCGGUGAUUUCUGUGAAUUUACGAAUCCGUGUCACAUCGGUGCCGGUCCCCGGUGUCAAAACGGUGGGAUCUGCGAGGUGACCUUUCCGAACGGCAUUCCGUCGUUUUCCUGUCGGUGUCCGAUCGGGUUCACCGAGAGCCUGUGCGAAAUUCCGGUCAAGAACGCGUGUGAUUCGUCUCCGUGCAACAACGGUGGUACCUGCAAGCUGAGAAGCCUUAGCGAGUACUCGUGUCACUGCGCCACCGGGUAUUCGGGAAAACACUGCGACAAGCAGAACCUCUGCGCGUCGUCUCCGUGUCGCAACGGAGGCACUUGCACGCUGUCCGUCAACGGACACGUCAAGUGUAUGUGCCCGAAGGGGUUCAAGGGUUUGACGUGCUCCGAGGAUAUCGAGGAGUGCAUCAAGAACCCUUGUGUCAACGGUGGCACGUGUGUCAACACGCACGGAUCGUACCAAUGUAACUGCGAAGCCGGAUACACUGGGAAAAACUGUGAGUCGCACUACAUUCCCUGUUCGCCGUCGCCCUGCCAAAACGGGGGCACUUGCAAGCAGUCGACGAAAUUCCACUACGAAUGCAAAUGUCCACCAGGCUUCCAAGGUAAAAACUGUGAGGAGAACAUCGACGACUGUCCGGGCAAUAUGUGUCAAAACGGUGGCACCUGCGUGGACGGGGUCAAUGCCUAUCACUGCAAGUGUCCGCCGAGCUUUACCGGCGAUUAUUGCGACACGGACGUGGACGAGUGCGUUCAGCAGCCGACGAUCUGCAAGAAUGGGGCCACCUGUACCAACACCCACGGCGGGUACAACUGUAUCUGCGUGAACGGGUGGAACGGGCCCGACUGUAGCAACAACAUUGACGAUUGUGUGGACGCGGCCUGUUUCAACGGGGCUACCUGUAUCGACGGGGUCGGUAGCUUCUACUGUCGGUGUACGCCGGGCAAGACGGGACUGCUGUGCCAUCUGGACGACGCGUGCACCUCGAAUCCGUGCCACGCGGAUGCAAUCUGUGAUACCAGCCCGAUCAACGGGUCGUUUACGUGUUCCUGCGCGAUGGGCUACAAGGGCAUCGACUGUUCCGAGGAUAUUGACGAGUGUGAUCAAGGUUCCCCGUGCGAGCACAACGGCAUCUGCGUCAACACGCCCGGUUCCUUCGCCUGCAACUGUACCCAGGGCUUUACCGGACCGCGCUGCGAAACCAACGUGAACGAGUGCGAGUCGCAUCCGUGCCAGAAUGAGGGCAGCUGCCUCGACGACCCGGGAACGUUUCGCUGCGUUUGCAUGCCAGGUAAGUGGCGCCUUGUUGUUGCUUUUACAUACCUAUUUAGAUGGCAAGCUCGGCAAGUAUGGGACAGCUUGUGCGCAGUUCAUAGGAACUGUUCCACGGUCCAAUGCCUGUUCCCCGUGCGGCCAGAAAGUAGAGAAAGAGAAAAGGUCAAGCCGGUAAAUCAUUUGCUUACGGUUGCUGUUAUGGUUUUACGAGCUUCGGUGUUUGGGGACUGACUGCGAGUGCCAGGGCAAGCAAGCGCAAGCAUAACUAGGUAUGAGUCCAUCAGCUCAGCAUCAGUGCUGCAGAGAAAGGCGAGAUAGAUUACCUUCGAUUGUCGAUGGGACGCACUCUCUCUUCUCUUUGGCUCUGCUGGCUGUGGUUUGGAGAUAAUCAAGUGUUCGGUGAUUUAUUAAGCGGGUGAUCGUAAAGUAACGAUCUUUAGUAUCUUGGUCGAACAAGAAGGUCUUGCGGCAAUGUAACCAUUAUGGUAAUGGUCCACCGCACAUGUGAGGGAUAAAACGAAAAUUCAAUUUGGAUCUACUGAACACUGGACAGCAAUGACCUACUAGACCAUCGCUCAUAAGCGUUAGCUAACCAUGUAGCUACCCGAAUAAAACUUUAUUUAUUUCACACCUGGCCAAGUCCUUGCUAGGAAAUAAUCGGAAAGAACUCAUAAAUUUCCAUUUCCUUUAACAAUAGUGCCUAAACUUAUGUCCAUUUCUGCGUUCAAAAUGCGCACAUUUUCUUCACUAUUGGACCUCAACUACAUAAAAUUACCAAAAAAAUACAGACAUUUUGAUAAAACUAAGGAAAGAAAAACGCCAAAAUUAACGUUCGUACGCGGACACUGGUAAAUUGUCAGUUUCUUCUGAGACUCGGACAUGGCCUACUACGAUUCUGGUUAAUUCUCAGUUUCUUCUGAGAUUCCAAACAUAUCCAAACUGGGAUUCCUCUAGGAAUUCUCUGGAGGAAUCUAGAGCCUCCAGGAAUUCCUUGCCGCAUUCCUCCAGAGAUUCAUUCCGGGAGUUCUUCAGGAUAUAGCUUGUGAUCUCUGCUGCACAGGUUCUUCGCGGAGUUCAAACUGGGAUUCUUUCAGGUUUUUUUAAUGUUCUGAGAUUACCCAGAAGAGCUCCUUCUGUGAUUUCUCUAGGAGCUCUUUCCAGAGUUUAUUCAAGUAUUUAUUCCUAGAUUUCUCCAGGAGUUCCUUCCGGAAUUCUUCCGGGAAUUGCUUCCAGGCUGAGAUUCAUCCAGGAGAUCAGUAUAGGACUCCUCCAGUAACUCCUUCCGAGAUUCCUUCCCCUGGCAGUUCAUCCUGUAAUUAUCUCAGAUGUUCCUAAUGGAAAUCCUCCAGGAGUUUAUUGCAGGAUUUCCGCAGGAGUUUAAUGGAAUUGUUUACGAACUCCCUACGAUAUUCCCACAUGACUUCGUUGAAGAAACUUUCCAUCCAGGCUCCAACUAUAAGAACAACAAUAAGGAACACUUACAGCAAUUUUGUAAGGAAUUCAUCAUAGGUAUCCUCCAAUAGUUCCUUCUAAGAUUACAUUUCUACCGGUAUUCUCUCUGGGAAUGCCAGAGAAAAAUACUUCUGAAGAAAUCUCAAAUACACUCCGAAGAGAAUUUCUGAAGGAAUCCAGUAAGGAGUCCCUGCAGGAAUCCUGGAGAGAACUCUUGGAAAAAUCGCGAAGGGUACUUCUAAAAUAGAGCGUCUACUACCUAGAAAAACCUGUAAAAUCGGGAAUCCUCAGGGAAUUUUAUUUAACAGGGAAAACUCUGGAGGAAAUAUCGUGAAUACUCAGGGAAAUUUUGCACCGAUGAAAAAACAAUAAAAUUUUGGGUCGUAUGAAUAAAAAUAAGCGAAUUUUAUUACUUGUACACACUUAAAACAGAUUCUCGAGCUCGGCAGAAUAAAAUGCUGAUUUCCAUCGGCAACUUAAAAAUUUGCCGAUAUUUCAGCAAACAAAAUGCGUUUGCUGAGUUUUACCACAAUCAAUUGCCGAAAUUUCAGCAAAUCGUUUUAAGGCUCAAUUGAGAAUGGCAAAUGUUCCAGAACUAAAAAAGCACUUUUUCUCAAAAUGAUUCACAAAUCAAAGAAAAUAAGAAUGUCCGAUUGCUUAUUUAGUCAAUUAUGACAAUCGGACACGCGGAUUUUGUUCGCUUUUUCGUCAUUCUGGAGAAAAGUGCUUUUUCAGUUUUGGAUAAUAUGCGAUUCUCAUUUGAGCCUUAAAGUUCUGAAAUUUGACAGCAUUAUUUGCUGGGCACAUCUGCAAACACAAAUUAAGCCGAAGUCAGCAUAAAAGAUUGCCGAGAUGUCAGCAUUUGUAUUAUGUAUUGCCGAAAUUUGCAAAACACAGCUGUCACUUUAGUAUUCGCUAUUCCUUGGUAGUGGAAAAACAGUUCUUUUUACUUUUUCGUUUAACUGGCCGUAAAAGUUAAUAAUUCAACCGCAAAAUAA